UAUUAACUUUUUAAUGGCUAGUUAAGAAGAUAUUCGAUUUCGAGGAUGCAACGCGUGAAAUUCGACUAAGUCCGCAUAAAAAUUUUUUUUGAAAGUUUUAGGUGUUCUGGUAAGAAUUUUAGAUAGAACUUUAAAAGUUCUGAAAUAAUUUCUAUGAUCAAAAGCGAUCCGGUCACUAGUUAAGAAAAUAUUCGACUUCGAAUGUCUGCCGUGAAUGGCAUUUGCGUAACUUUUGAUGAUUUUUUAAAACAAUUCUAAGAUUUUGCAAUUUUUUACUUAUCAAGAACUCUAGAACUUUUCGAAAGUGUUAUGUGGAGUUGACUUUAGUUUCGCGCGCGAUCGAUAGUGAUAAGCAAUGCGUGCGAACAUCGAUAAAUCGAGACAUCGAUACAAUGGCAUCCGCGACUACCGGCCAAGAGCGGAUACGAUCGUCUCUUGUCAGAACCACGAGACACACGCAGCUAGUCAGAACCAUUCCUAAUCCAUAAUAUUACAUAUUAUAUUAUUCGUGAAUAAAGGCAUAAUUAUAUUCUGAAUCAAGAGUAUUCAUUACUUUGUUGUGCCUACGUACAAUCACAACAAAUUUGGCGACGAGGAUUAUGGAAAGAACGACAUAAGCGAAAUAUAAUAUUCGCAGUUACACAGUACGUACGACUAAAAUAAAAAGUGUCUCGGUGCCAUUACAAAGCAAGCAUGGCUUUACAACCAGCACAAGAAUCAGCAAUUCCGGGGUCAUUCGCGAUCGAAGCUUUCGAUCCAUCGUCCUCUACAUGGAAAAGAUGGGUGCAACGCUUACAGGGCGCUUUCUUAAUUUUCGGAAUCAAGGAUAAUGCGAGGGUUCCCUAUUUAUUACAUUACGUAGGAGCCUCGGCAUUUGAUGUACUAUGCGAUCGAUUGGACCCGAUUGAUCCGUUCAGCCUUACGAUGUGUUGGUACAGAAACUCGAGGAAUUUUACGAACCGGCACCCCUGGAAAUAGCAGAGAACUACCGUUUCUACCAGAGGAAGCAAGGAGAAAAAGAAACAGUGCAGCAGUUCGUGGCAGCUCUCCAUAAGCUGAGUAUCCACUGCAAAUUCGGAGAGUAUCUCAAGACGGCGCUACGUAACCAAUUCGUAUUCGGCCUAUUAAAUAAGAAGGCUCAAGCUCGUUUAUUGGAAAAAAAGGACUUGAACUUCGACGAGGCGGUAAAAAUAGCCAUUACAAUGGAACUAUCUGAGAAGAGUUCGCGGCAGAUGAAGGGCGCCAGUUCAACGUCAACAGGUAUCGAUCUUCUAAAGGCGGGGAAGAAAGCCCCAGGGAAGAAUACAGGUGACAAGCAGUUCAAACCAGGGGCCAGGAAAUGUGGUAAGGCACAUUUAGCUUCUAAGUGCACGCUCAGUCGAGAUAUUCGUUGCCAUGGCUGUGGGAAGCAGGGGCAUCUGCGGACAGUUUGUUUUGCGAAGGGCUCGACAAAUCAAUUACAGGAGAUUCUGAGCUUGGAGCAUGUAAAUUUCCGGGAAAAAUUUUUAACAACUUUUGAAAUUAACGGGAAACCACUAGAGUUCGAGGUUGACAGCGGAGCUGCAGUAACAGUCGUAAGUGAGCAGGUUAUUCAUAGUAUCUUUCCAGAAGCGACCAUACAUAAUACGCAGUUACAAUUAAUUUCAUACUGCAGUCCCUAUUUACAAUUAGAGAUGGCACCGGAAGACCGUGAGAUUUUAGUAAUCAGUACUUGCAAGGGACUUUACAAAGUCAACAGGUUAAUGUACGGUCUUGCGUCAG